CAAUCAAUAGAUUACAGUAAAUCACGUUUUUGAGGCUUCCCUCUGCAACACCCAGGACCUCUUGUUCAACAUGCGAAAAUUAUCCUAUGUUAUCACUUUUCUAGCUGUAGUUGUCAGCUUAAUCGUUACCAUUCUCUCGUUACAGCGUGUAGACUGGCUCGUGGUCAAGACACCGGAAAUCCUACACACUCAGAUCACCGUUCGCUAUGGGCUUACCACGCUGUGCGAGCUGAAGCAUGUCAAUAUUCCUGGCAGUGACAACAAUUCCAAGUUCGAAUAUAGUUCCUACGACUGUCGCACAUUCCCUAAACGUGUACAAGAUGGAUGUGAGGAAGAGAACUCUGGAUUCUGUGCCGCAUGGACCAGUGCUGGAUACGCAGUCGAGAUCAGUAUUGGAUUCGCAGUGUUGGCACUAUUCGCUAUCCUAAUUGGUGUGAGCACCGGAUCGAGGAGGAGAAGAAUAUGGAAAGCUGUCGCUGGGCUUGUUGCUUUACAAAGUGUAAUGCAAGUCGUUGCAUUCGCAAUCGUUACAGACACUAUGCGUACCGGGGCUUUCCCAACCUUCGAAGAUGCCAAACCAGGCACUGGCUACGUAUUCAACACCUUUGCAUGGAUAUUCUCUGCUGUAAUUGCUACGGGAGUCGUGGUGACUGGUGUCUUUGCUGACAAAGGUCACAAGUGGGCAGCCGGAAACAGGGCUUAUCGCAGAAUUGAUGCUUGAAAGGUUCCCGAUUAUCUCAAAUGAUUAUUCCAUUGACGAUUUAGCUUGUUUUGUCCGUUUGCUGGUCCCACUUUGUUCUCUUUCUGCUUUCCAUACACACGAUUCGGCUUUGCCUACGUAUCACUUGCCUGUAACAUUUGCGUUAGAUUUAACCUUGUUAAACUAUCAAUGCAUGAUUGUUAUAUUCUCGCCA